CUUCCCUAGUCACUUUCCCAGGCAGAAAAUAGUUCAGGUUUGUUACACGCAGCGAUAAAUCCCAACAUCCUCAGGGUGAGUCAGUCCAGCCAUUUACGGACACUCAGGGAACUCUGAGCCCAGAAGGGAAGAGCCUGCAGCCCCACCCCACACUCCCAGGAUUAUUGUGCCUCUGUGUCAGACUGGCAGUAGUGUUCAGUCGUUCAGACUGACUGUGCCACGUUGAUCCAGGGGAACUUUUAGCCAUGGCCACUAGCAAGCCUACAGAUGGAGGGUUGGGGCGCUUGGGCAGCGUGAAGAGCAUCUCCUCUAUAAGCACAACCCUGCUCUAUGACCUUGGGUCUAAGACCACUGCAAACUGUGAGUUUGGACUGCUGUCCCUCAAGCUCCUGGUGCAGUUGCUGCCCCAGUAUGUGCACAUGGAAGGAAACACUCUCAUUUGCAAUAACCAACAUGGGGGAUUCAACCUCUUCAGUGAUGGAACUGCCAGGAUAGAUGGAGAGCUAUUCCACAUCAAUAACUACAUUCAGAGGAAAGUGGAACUGAAUAGCCACUUUGAUUACAAGGAUUACAGAGAAAGUAUCCUCAGCAAGCCAAUGCUGUUCCUGAUUAAUGCUAAAAAGUUGAACGACUAUUCUGCCACAGAGAAAACCUUUGCACUUAUUGUGAACACCCGGCACCCUAAAAUAAAGGCACAAUUUGUGAAUGGAAUGAACAAUGUAAUAUCAUCCGUAUUUGGAGAAAACUACCGGUUGCAGUUUGACUUAAGAAACACAGUUGCUCAAUAUCUGGCAAGCCAAAAUUUUGUAUUAACAGAAAAGGAUGGCCUGAGCUUUGGCUUUACGUUUGAGGUGGAUGUGUUUCUGGAUAUUUUUCACUUGCUAGGACUUAGCAGAAAGACUUUCCAAGUGACUGGCAAUACUAUCAGCCUGCACUGCAAGAAACCUGAAAAGCAAGAAGCAGUGAAAAUGUUCCUGGCAAAAAUGACCAGCCCCUUAAUAAAACUGGGGGGCUCUGCUGAUCGCAGACCCAGUGUAUAUUCUCUAAAUGUAAGUGAUGAAGAUCCAUUUGCGGUAACUACAGACUACUUCCAUGAAACGUCUUCGGUAUUGCCUCUAACGUCAUAAAGCAAAGCGGCAAUAGGAAAAUUAUCCAUGCAUUUGGGAGGAGACAAGACUUUCUUCAGCUGUACAGUUUUAGUAGAUAUUUAUACUAUGGUAGAACUUAUUUUUUUAUAUACUGGCCAGCUAAAUAAACAUAUAGCACCAGAGCUUCCAGGUGAUCCAUGUGAAAGCCAAUGUUUGCUCUCCAUGUAUCAUUUCCCUUAGGCAUAACAACAGUGAUUUUGUCUACAUUUUAUCUUACAUGUAAAUUUAAUUUUCCUGUUGCUCUUUAUAGUCAGCAGUUCAGAGACAAUGACCCACCUUGUUUCACAUACAAUUCAUGCCUGGUGAGGUAGGGCAGUGGCACACUUAGCGAUUCCGGGGGUGUAGCCCAAACGAUAGUUUGCAGGGGCACCUGUCAGAGCGCUAACAAUUACUCCCCAUUCAUUUGAAAGGCACUGGAGUGUAGGGGCCCACUGAGUCUGUGACCCCAGGGUCUUCCUCCCAACGUCACCACCCCCCUUCACACGACAUACCUUUUAUCCCUUGGAGAACGAGCUCAGACAGGGGAGCAGGGAAGCAGACGCAGUCCAACCCUGCACAUGGAAACUUUGAUAUCCCCCUCUGCUCAGGUAGAAACAGCAGCAGUCAAAGGCAGAGCCAGCAGUUCUGAGGGGUAUUCCAUCUGUCACUGCCACUUUUGCCUCUGGCAGAGUACAUUUUUUUUUACCCACAAUGCGGCCUUUUCCCCCAGAAUUUCAGAGUCAUUGUAGAUACACUCAGUAGCUUCCAUUGCAACCUGUGUACAAUGUACUGAUACUGUUACAAAUUAGCAUUCGGUUUCAUGGGCAAGUUGUGGUGGGCAGUCUCUUAGUGAGGAUGCAUUAGCACUUGAUCCAAUUGGAGCAAAUCCGUUGUGUCUCUGGACAUCUAGUGAAAUUCUGGAAUUACCGCCAGGAUGUCAGUAGUGUACCUAACUGUAGGGCUGCCUUGUGUGCAUGGGCUGAGUUUUGGGCGAUAAGAGAGUGUGUGUUGCAGAAAAUUGACUUCUUCUUUAAUUUCUAUAUAAACCAUGUUAGCCAGUGUUAUCCCAAAAGCACUUAACCAUGUCUUAUGGACCCCCUUAACCACCACCAUUCUUUUUACUGCCCGUUGCCCUCCUUGUAUCACUGCCACUGCAGGUCUCAGAGCCAAGAGGGUGGGACCUGGUUCAGAUGCACCCUAUACCCCUGGUUAUUCUGCCACUGCCCAAAAGGACUUCACAAGCAAAUAGGGCAAGUGCCAAAUUUCCUUUGCCUCCAUGGGGAAAAGUUUCAAUAUAUUUCAUAUAUAACAUGUGACAAUCUGAUUGCGUACAGUUUUGGUGCUGACACAAUGUAUAUGGAUACAGUGUUGUACAGUUAAUGUAUUUUUAAUUUUGCAAUGCAAUUAAAGGAACGGAAAUUUUAUAAAAACAUUAAACCAGUUGUAAAAAUAA